AUGAACGACCGUAUCAUCACCCCCAUAUGCCUGAACGUGAAGGUAUCAAACAGGAGUCAAUACACUGGAGCAAAGGCAACCAUCGACUCGGCAUGCAAAGGGGUUAUAGUAAAUGAAACUUGGGUCAAAAGACAUCGUUUCCCCACCUAUACACUCAACAACCCCAUUCGUGUCCGGAACGUCGAUGACACCAUCAAUAAAGCAGGAAAGGACGACCUUAUCCUGGGAACAGAUUGGCUGAAAUACCACGAUCCCUCCAUCAAAUGGAGGCGACGUGAAGUGCACUUUGAUCGGUGCCCCCAGAAAUGCCAACAACUGCAUGGGUUUACUAGGGCAAGGGAAGAACCACAAAAUAAUAGGCGGUUAUCAGACGUGGAGCCACGGCACAAACCACGCAUUAACGAGCGCGAAAAACAGCGCCUAGAACAUCUCCAAAGAUUAUCGGAAGAUGUAGGACUCCGCGAUCAUAGCGGAACGUUUGGAAAACAGGCCAUAGAGGAACCAGUUAUUCGGAAACUGGCUCCCGAACCGUCAGGAUUUGCCAGCUUCGACCAGGACUUGGAAGACGAAAUCGUCGUCACCAAUCUAAAGGAAAGAGUCCCCAAGGCGCAUCACGAAUUUUUGGACAUUUUCAGCGAACGAAAGUCGCAGCGACUCCCAGAACACACUUAUUAG